CGUGUGGGAGAGAAGCACAGAUUCCGUCUAACGGAGGAGCACGGAAAGGGAAACGGGCGAGAAACAUGAGUCGAAAUCGCCCUUGUGAAGGUUUCCACCUUGAAGGAAUAAAAAAUCUCCCGCAAAUCUAAGAAGGACGAGCAAGAGAGGAGGACAUUGAAUGUGAGGAGAAGAAAAGAAAGAGAGCGGAAGCAGACGGAAGAAGAGGCGCGUCAAGAGGCGAUCAAAGGCGUCUGACAGCAGCUCAGGAACUUCACUGGAUCUGGUUUCUUUACUUUUGAGACGUGACUCAAGUUUUGGCUCUUUGCUGAUCAGACGUUUGUUUGUGGUUUUUAUUGUAUUUUGGUGAGAUUACCUCAGAGGCUUGACUUCUUCCUGGAUCGAGUAAUGCGUUGGUAAACAGAGGACACCGUCGGAGUUUGGAAGUACAAUGCAGGCCGCCAGCGGCUUGUUCUGCGUAUUUCUUCAACACGGGGAGACAUUUGGCAUCUAACCCGAGAUACCGGAUCUAAACUUUUGUUCCCUCGACGUCCCCCCCCAGCAUUACCCCCUCCCCCCAAAGGAAAAGAGGUGUGCAGUUGAGUUGCAGUGUCCCCUGCUUGUAAUGGUACGUCACUUUGUUCCUGCGAACAGCCCCGUCGGCCCGUGAGCGUGGAUAUCCAGUUAGCGGAACUUUCUCCGGAGCCGCGCGUCUCCGUGAAAUCAACACGUUGCAGCGGACUCGUUUUGUUUACACGCGUUUGGCGCAAACUGCUCGUUGUCACAGAGACAUCCUCGCGCAGUGUAUGGGGAUUACCUUGUUGUCUGGCUUCUCUAAAAAGGGCUCCUUUUCACCCUGGCAGAGGCCAGCCACCUUCUGCUGUAGGCGGGUGAAGGGGAGCUGAGGCUUCGCGGAGCUCCGGCUGUACAGGCCCCUGUGACAUUUGCCAGUGGAGGGGGCAACGCGCGCGCGUUUGUGUGUGUAUGUGUGUGUGUUUGUGUCACUGGGAUUAAUCCGAGGGGUAGCAUCACUCCACACUGCCCUACUCUGUCCGGUGACGGGUCCACCCCACCAGAAAGCGCCAGUAAUUGGAGCUAUUUUUAGCGUAAGGGAUGGGGUAAAAGCAGGCAGCUGGAAACCCAACUCCCCUCCACCUCCUUCUCUUCCACCCCUUCUGUCACACUACCUCGCUCAGCCCACCUGGCAGCAUGCUGGGCGAGCCUGGUUAGCACAGACUUGACUUGCAGCUAGUUAAUGUGUUUUGAACAAGUAGGGUGGAUGAAUAACAGCAAUUGGAUGAACUUAUUCCACUGAAUAAUAUUUGAUCUUUUGGAACCAUGCUGACCGUGGAGUGUUAUUAACCUGGGAAUACUAGCUGUACUGUAUUUUACUGGUUAAGGCUGCACUGGACACAAAAAAACCCUGUACUGGAUUACUACUAAGAUGUCUGAAGAACUAUUAGCUGUGUACUUUUGGUUCAACCUGCCCUGGACUAAGUGAACCUAUCACAAGCAACUAGAGUCUUUAAUCAGAGUAACCGCUCAUUACCAUACUGUAAUAGAAGAAAGGCCUACUUUUUGAUUCAUUUAAAGUAUCAGUCACCAGCGCUCUGGAGUGGUACAGACCUCCAGCACACAGAAAGAAUGCAUGAAACUGCCGACACCAACGAAACGAAAAAGCUAACCUGACUAACCAAAUAUUCUCUUUCCCCCAUACUCCCCAUACCCACAGAGAAACAUAAUAUAUAUGUAGAAUGAGAGAUCUAUAUCUAUAGUGUAACUCCACAGAAGACAGAGAUUACAUCCUUUAUAUUUUUACUUCAGAGAGAGACAAGCUGCCUGUACACCAGUUGGUUGCCUUAGAAACCACAGUCACAAAAGAAAAGAAAGAAGCCAGAGAAGAAGGUGCCUUUUGAUUGGUCGGUCGGUUUCCCACCAUUUCAAGAUUCAUUGAUUCAGUUGGAUGUAAACUGUUAAAGCGAACUCUGGGAUUGAAAAAAAAAAAGCGAGUCUCAUGACAGACUAAAACUCCCCAGCAAGCCCCGCCCACUCGUCAAAGCGUUUUUGAUUGACAGUGUUUCCCUGCUGGAUUGAACACUUGCCGAGCAUUUCCAUGGUGAUCACGUCAUCAUCCGUGGAGGACAAGACCGUGCCCUCUUGCAGGAUGGUCCAAACAGAACCCUGGGUCUCCUCUGCCCUGCUUCGCAAGAACAAGAGUGUAAGCAGCUCAGGAUGUCCGCCCACCUCCUCCUCCUCCUCCUCCUCCUCCUCCUCCUCCUCCACUGCCCAGGGCUUCUCCCUCGCUGAGCCAGCCAUGACCAGCCAGCACACACAUACACACCCCUCCUUCAGCUCCAUCCACUCCAUGGCCGAGCAGCAGCAGGUGCUGUCUGAUAUGACCAUACUCCAACGGAGGAUCCCCCCUAGUUUCAGAGACCCUGCCAGCGCCCCACUGAGGAAACUCUCUGUUGACCUCAUCAAAACUUACAAGCACAUCAAUGAGGUGUACUAUACUAAGAAGAAGCGACGGGCCCAGCAGGUCCCUCCAGAGGACAGCAGCACCAAGAAGGAGAGGAAAGUCUACAACGACGGCUAUGACGACGACAACUAUGACUACAUUGUCAAAAACGGAGAAAAGUGGCUGGACCGCUAUGAGAUAGACUCGCUGAUCGGGAAGGGCUCCUUCGGACAGGUGGUGAAGGCCUACGACCACCAUGAGCAGGAAUGGGUCGCCAUUAAGAUCAUCAAGAACAAGAAGGCAUUUCUAAACCAGGCACAGAUUGAACUACGCCUGCUGGAGCUCAUGAACAAGCAUGACACUGAGAUGAAAUAUUACAUAGUCCACCUGAAGCGUCACUUUAUGUUUAGGAACCAUCUCUGUUUGGUGUUUGAGUUGUUGAGCUACAACCUGUACGAUCUGCUGAGGAACACCAACUUCAGAGGAGUCUCCCUCAACCUCACCAGGAAAUUUGCACAGCAGCUCUGUACAGCGUUAUUAUUCCUGGCCACUCCAGAGCUGUCAAUCAUCCACUGCGACCUGAAACCAGAGAACAUCCUGCUGUGUAACCCCAAGAGAUCCGCCAUCAAGAUAGUCGACUUUGGGUCCUCCUGCCAGCUGGGACAGAGGAUCUACCAGUACAUCCAGAGCAGGUUCUACCGCUCUCCUGAGGUCCUGUUGGGAAUGCCGUAUGACCUGGCCAUCGACAUGUGGUCUCUGGGAUGCAUCCUGGUGGAGAUGCACACAGGAGAGCCUCUCUUCAGCGGCUCCAACGAGGUUGACCAGAUGAAUAAGAUUGUGGAGGUUCUGGGGGUGCCACCCAGCCACAUGCUGGAUGCAGCUCCUAAAGCCAGAAAGUAUUUUGACAAGCUGUCAGACGGUCUGUGGACAGUGAAGAAGAACAAGGACAUCAAGAAGGAGUAUAAGCCCCCAGCCACACGGCGUCUUCAUGAGAUUUUGGGUGUAGAGACUGGGGGCCCAGGGGGGCGGAGGGCAGGGGAGCCAGGACACGCCCCCUGUGACUACCUGAAGUUUAAAGACCUGAUCCUGCGCAUGCUGGACUACGACCCUAAAAGCCGCAUCACGCCAUUCUACGCCCUGCAGCACAAUUUCUUCAAGAAGACGACAGAUGAAGGAACCAACACCAGUUCAUCUACAUCCACCUCUCCUGCCAUGGACCACUCCCAUUCAACCUCCACUACUAGCUCUGUUUCUAGCUCUGGUGGCUCCAGUGGUUCUUCCAAUGACAACCGCAACUACCGCUACAGUAACCGCUACUACAACUCUGCUGUUACACAUUCAGACUAUGAGAUGACCAGCCCUCAGGCUCCCUCCCAGCAGCAGAUGAGGAUGUGGCCAGGCAGUGAUGGUGGAGGUGGGGGUCAGGACCCAGCAUACACCCAGUUGCUGCUCCACAAGCCGGCUGCCUCCCAACAGCACCAGCGCCACUUCCUGGACCCGCCCCACCACCCACACCCGACCUACUCCCACCACGGGAACGGCGGGCGCGGCCUGCGGCAGGGCGGGCAGACGGGCAUCGGCGGGGGGGGCCAGCAGGGAUCCUCGCCCCAGAUGAGUGACAGCAUGGAUGUGGGCGUGUCCCUAGGGCUGCACCACCUGGGGGCGGUGUCUUCCAUGGAGGCCUCUCAGUUCGGCUCGGCCUCCCUGCCCCUCGCUCUGCCAAUCGGACUGUCUGCCUUCCGGACUCGGACGGCCCCCACCGCCCCAGGCCCACAAGCCCCGCCCCCUGAGGACUACUACCCUGCCUCCAACAACAAUAACCCCGCUGCGGGGGGCAGAGGGAGGCCGGACUCAGACGAGGGGCCAGCCAACUCUUGAUAAAACCUGAACCAUGCCCUAAAGCCAUACAAUUUUAACUACAACUACUACAACUACACACAUACAGCCAGAGUUCAGAGACAAAGAGGUGAACUUUGUGCUGCAGGAGACAGUUUGUACUGCAUGAGAGGAGGAGGAGGAAGGAGGAAGAUGCUGGGAAAAACUCUCCCUUUUUAUCCCGUUUUAGUUUGUUGUCCUUCUGUUGCGACUGUAAUUGGAAAGGAAUGAUUGUGACGAGUUUGUUUUUAUUAAUAUUAUUAUUAUUGUUGUUUAAUAUUAUUUGAUUUUUUUUUUCUCGGGUUUGAGGAGUUGCGUGUUCUACUUGGUUGUUGUUUAAGCCUGGAGAGGGGGAGGAGGAGGAUGAAGAGGAAAGAGAGAGAGGAGCCAUGCUUUUCCAUUUUACUCCAUGUGGUGGCUGCAAGUGGAAGAUCACAUAUUCACGGUCACACCGGUUAGUUCUGACAUUAGUAUAUUCAUAUUUACAGUCCUUGGAGACGAGCAGUCUUAACACACACACACACACACACACACACACACACACACACACACACACACACACACACACACACACACACACACACACACACACACAUAUAUCUACUGCUGCAUCAAGAAGACAGAAGCUGGUUUCAAAGGGAGAAAACGCCAACCUGUGUGUGAUUCAGGACUCCUGUCUGUGUUAAACUCACUUUUGCUUAGAGUUUUUCGCGUCCUCCCUCCGUCGCUCUCCACCUGGUCGUGACGGCGUACGGAGAGAGGGAGGGAGGUGGAGGGAGGAGAAGGUGGCAGGACACUGAUGCCUUCCUGGCGCUCAUAGGGAUCUCCUUCUCCUCCUCAUCCUCUCCCUCCCCCUGCUCUCUUCUUCCUCUCCUCCUCCACCACCUCCUCCUCCUCCUCCUGUUGUGUUUCUCCUCCAGACAGCUCCUCCUCUCUGUGCUGCUAAUCACCAUGACAACUGGUCCGGAUUGCUGCUAAAGAUCCAACACAGAUCAAUAAAGAAAUAAAAAGAAAUAGAAACAGAAAUAAAUAAAAAAAAAUAAAAAAAACUUUUUAACCCUUCUGCUUAAGAGAAAAAGGAUAAAGUAAGAACCACUGCAUCUCAAUGUAUUUAUUACUAUUUAACAAGAAAAAACAAACUGAAAGUAACCCUUUUUUCUGCUCUUCUUUGUUUGGUUGCCUUCUUUCUGCAGGUGAGCUCUGAUUGGCUAUUGUAACAGUGACAGUAACUGGUGACAUGGGAAUGCCACCGGUUGUGGGGGCUGGGUGGAGGGGAGGGGUUUGGGGCAAAAUAAAGUUGGAUAUAUAAUAAGAAUAAAGAGUAUACUUUUGCACACCAAAGUCAAACAAACAUGGGAUCUCCGCU